AUGUCCAAGUUCAAUACUCUUGCCUUUUCCACGGCCAUCUUUGCCAGCCUGGCAUUGGCCGCACCUACUAUACCCUUUGUCACACCGAAUGCGGUGGUCCCUCUGACCAAGGCUCCCGCCGAUGCUCCCAUCCUGUCAGAGCGUCAAUCCGCCUGCUUCGUCAUUGGCUCCACGACGCUGCCCGCCGAAGUCGCCGACGUGGUUACCAGCAUCGAGUCGGCCGUGACUUGCGAUACCUCCAAGACGACCAUCUCGGGUGUCCCCGAUGUUACGAGCGGCGAUGCCACCUUUUCGGAUAUAGACUUUAGCCAGUCGUCUCAGACGCCGCUCGAAUUUGCCCUGUCCAAGUUUGCCACCAGCACCCCGUUGGCCGAUACCGAUUUGCAGACUUUCCAGGAUCAACUCAACACGUAUCUGGCUACAGAGGCGGGUAUUCGAAGUGUUGGCGGUAGUCUCGCAAUCAAGGUGCCCAAGUUCUUUCUGCAGUACCAGGUCAGCCGUAUCCAGACAGCCCAGGGCAACCCUCCUGCUGCUGCUGGAUCGCAGGUUGACCACCUUCGCGACAAGGUCCUGAAGAAUGCGGCUGGCGAGGACCAAUCACUCUUGGACCAGGUCACUGCUCUGGCUACGCAACUGUCUUAG